AUGGGAUUGAGUGGAAGUCAGGCUCUUCUCAUCAUCCUCACUUUGACUGUAGGACCACUGCAAAACUUUGCUCCUGGACAACUCUCGAAAUCGAAGAGAAGGAGGUGCUCGGCGUCAACCUCAAGACCAGAGGAUAUGUCUGGAGAAGGGAACGAGGCGUUAAGGAGGGACUUGGAGUCUGCCUCACAAACAGACGAUGCCUCUAGAGAAGAGUACGAUGUGUUUUUGAGUUUUAGGGGAAGUGACACACGCCUAAACUUCACUGAUUGCCUUUAUCAUAGCAUGCUAGAUGCAGGAAUCCGCGUUUUCCUUGACAGUGAAGAACUUGAACCUGGUGAAAAAAUCAGUAAAGUUUUGAAUGCACUGAACAAGUCUCGGAUCUAUAUCCCCAUCUUCUCUAAAAAUUUCGCUUCCAGCAUUUGGUGUCUUCGCGAGGUAGAACGCAUGGUAGAAUGCUAUUCAAAAUCAAAUGGGAAGAAAGAUAUCAUCCCCAUUUUCUACGACGUGAACACCGAUGAUGUAAAGUUGAGAACCGGUUUGUACGAGAACGCCUUAAUCGAGCACAAGAAGUCUGACCCCGAUGAAGUGGAGCGGUGGCGAAAUGCCCUUAAAACAGUUGGAGGGAUAAUUGGACGGGAAAUUCAAGAAAAAGGCCAAGGAGAAGAAAUUAAAUCGAUUGUUGAACAGGUUUCCAGUAAGCUUAAAACUAGACACAUGAUUGUGACUAAAUAUUUGGUUGAAGAUAAUGGUCAGGUGCAAGCCAUAAUGAAAUUGUUGGAUGUUGGCUCUGAUGGUGUACAUUUCGUUGGUAUUUAUGGCUUGGGUGGGGUUGGAAAAACAACUCUUGCCACAGUUCUGUACAACAAAUUAUCUUUUCACUUUGAAGCCUGUAGUGUCCUUAAAGACGUUCGAGCACAUUGGCAACCUCCUGGUGGUCCUUUAGACUUGCAGAAAAAGCUCUUAUCAGAUUCUGUCAGCUCCACGAUUAGUGACCAAAUUAAAAAUGUUGAUGAUGGAAUCAAGAUGAUCGAAAGAGUGUUUAGUAAUAAAAAAGUACUCAUCGUCCUUGAUGAUCUAGACAAGAUAGAGCAACUCGAAAAACUAGCUGGAAAUCCUAACUGGUUUGGUUCGGGUAGUAGGAUCCUCAUCACAACUAGGGACAAAAGCAUCUUGAUGACUCAAGUGGAAUCAUCUAGUAAAGAGGUCCUACAUCAACCCAAAGGGAUUUCGCAUUAUGAAGUUUGUGUAAUGGAAGAUCAUCUAGCACUUCAGUUGUUUUGUAAGCAUGCUUUUAGAAGUGACUCUCCUAUAAAAGAUUAUGAUGCUCUUUCAAAAGAUAUUGUUCGUAAAGUGGAUAGGCUUCCUUUGGCUGUUGAGGUGAUAGGUUCAUCUCUUUAUUACAUGGGCUUUGCCCUGGAGUCACAUGGUGAUAAAAGAAAGCUAUUGGAAGAGAUGCUGAAGCAGUUAGAUGAAGGUCCUGUUAAGGGUGUCCGAGAUGUAUUAAUGAUAAGUUAUGAAGGAUUGGAGAAGAAGCAAAAGGAAGUGUUUCUGGAUAUUGCUUGCUUUUUCACCAACGUGGACCAAACAUAUCCAGUUAUCAUGUGGAAUGACUGUAAUUACCAUCCUCACACUGCAAUUCGUGUCCUCCACCUACGGUCCUUGAUAAAAAUUAGAGAUAAUAAGUUUUGGAUGCAUGACCAAUUGCGAGAUCUGGGAAGGCACAUCAUCCUUGAAGAAUAUCCUCGCAAAUUUAGUAGGGUGUGGAUUCAUGAGGAUGUUGUAAAACUACUGGAGAGAAAAGAGGGAAAUCAAGAUGUAGAAGCACUAAGCUUGACUCCGGAUGGUUACAGCCGUAACAUUGCACUUGAAGAAUUAGCUUCUCCACCAAAUCUAAGGUUCCUUCAAGUGAAAGGCAUUGAUAUUUUUGGCAACUUCAAAAAUCCUCUUUGGCAAAUGCGGCAAAUGUGGCAAAUGAAUUUCCAUCCGUAUAACUUUAAUAAUUUGGUCAUGCUCGACCUUUCAAAUAGCGAUAUUGAAGAUGGCUGGGGUGGAUGGAGCAAAAUGAAGGUGACAGAAAAACUGAAAGUUUUGGAUUUAACCGGUUGCAAAAAAUUGACGAAGACACCUGACUUCUCUAACUUCACGUCUUUGGAGAGUUUAAUUCUUGCUCGGUGUCCCAAGUUGAUCACAAUUGACCGCUCCAUCGGUAAACUUAAAUACCUGAAAACUUUGAAUAUCAAAGGGUGUAGUUCUCUUAGGGAGUUGCCCGAAGAAGUUGGCUCUCUACAUUCUUUGACAGAGAUUGUCAUGCCCCAAAAUUUUCAAUCGUUGAAGCUUCCGGAGAGAUUUGGCGAACUGAAAUCUUUGUCGAGCUUUAUAUUAAACAACCACCCUAGAAUUAGCCAACUUCCAAAGUCUAUUGUAGGGUUGGUGAAACUCACAUGCUUAUCUUUACGUGGGUGUGUGGGAAUAAAGGAGCUUCCACCCUCCAUUGGGGAGUUACAAAUGUUGGUUGAGUUGGAUGUAUCAAAGUCAGGAAUAGUCAUACUACCCGAUUCUGUUGGAAAGCUAAAGAAAUUAAGAUUGAUGAGGCUAGCUUAUACGGCGACAACAAAGUUUCCUUCUACUAUUGGACAGGUGGAGGCACUUGAAGAGCUAGUUGCCAAGAAAUGCUGGGACCUGACCGAUGAAAACCUGGAGGAAAUUGGGAAGCUAUCCCAUUUGAGGAUAUUGGACUUAUCAUUUACUCGUGUUUGUAGAUUGCCUGAGGUGAUAGGUGGUCUCUCUCAUCUCCAAACACUUGAAUUGGGUUCGAUUGAGCUUCAACAAGUGACAGCUCUUCCAUCAAGUUUGAGAAGCCUUUCGGUUCAUGCCGUUAACAUCUCUUUUAAGCAUAGCCCCUCAAGCCUCGUCAAUCUAGAGAAUCUGGAAUUAAAUGAAGUAAGCGCUUUUUUGAAAGAGGAACCUUACUCAACUUGGAGGAACGAUCCGCCAAAAAUGGAAGAAGCUUGGAACACAGUGCAACCGAUCCAUCAGCUUCCAUCUCGUUUGUCAACCUUGAAACUCAAGGGCAUUAGUCCACUGCCAUGUUUUGGCAACUUAGAAAGUUUGUCAGUUUUGCAUGUUAGUGAAUUUCCAAUGCAAUGCUUACAUGUCUCUGAAGGCCUAAUACAUUUGAGGGAACUGAAAAUAAGUAGAUGCAAAGACCUCAGAGAAAUAACUAAUCUGUCACGCUUGGAGAGUCUACAGCGCUUGGUUCUGAAUAGCUUGAAUAACCUAGUUAAGAUUCCAGGUUUGUCGGAACUCAAAUCUUUGCAGCGCCUCUGUCUCUCCAGAUGUUGUUUGAUAGAAGAAUUACCCAACUUAUUGAAGUUGGAUAAGCUACAAUAUCUAGAGUUAGAAGGUUGUCCUAAUUUAAGAGCAAUCAGGGGAGUCGAGGGCUUAGAAAGCUUGGAGUUAAAUAGUGAUGGUCGCACUGUCCUGGAAAGAUUGUUGGAUGUCUCAAGAACGACUUGGCUUCCCCACAAAUUACUUAUGUACGAUGUGUUCUUAAGUUUUAGGGGACCAGACACUCGUUAUAACAUUAUUAGUUUCAUUGACUAUAGCCUAUAUGGUAGUCCAAUUUCUAUUUUCAGAGAUGAUGAUGAAUUGAGCCCUGGUGAAGGAAUUGGGGAAGAGAUUCAACAAGCACUCAAUAACUCUUAUAUCUACAUACCUGUCUUCUCUAGGAACUACGCUUCCAGUCAGUGGUGUCUACGUGAACUCGUGCAUAUGGUAAAAUGCACGUCAAGGUCAAAGGGCAAAAGAAAAAUCCUCCCCAUUUUCUAUGAUGUGGAAAUUGAUGAUGUUAAGCUCAAAAGCAAUUUAUACACAAGCGUCCUAGACAGGCAUCGUGAGAAUUUCCCCACCGAAGUGGAUGUAUGGGAAAAGACAUUGAAAGAGGUCGCGCAUAUGGAAGGAUUGGACAUGAAAACUGACAGCGGCGAAGAUGUAGUUCAGAAGAUUAUCGCAGAGGUUUCGAGAGCAAACAAAUUGCUAGAUGUCGACUCCUGA